AUGAAGGUCCAAUGGGCUCAUUUGCUCGUCGGGGCCUCCUUUGGGACGGUGAACGCUAUGAGCUCCUACAUGAUGGAGGCUAUGAAUUCUGGUCGUGUUUCCGGCUACGGAAAAUACGAUAACCCUUCAUGGCAACCUUUGUUCAAUGACGAAUCCCCUCCGUACCAAGGCAUCCGAGUGCCCCGCACGGAAUGGAAGCUACAGUGCAGCACCUCCCGCGACGGGAACGAAUGCCAAAAUGCCAUCGAUGGCACAAAUACCACGUCUUGGUAUAGCACUGUUGCACGUGGCUCCCAUAAUAUCACAAUCGACAUGAAGAAAACGUACACGGUCAAUGCCCUGGUGAUUUUGCCACCUCUUGAUGCUGCCCAGGAUCAAUUGAUCACGGAACAUGAAGUCUACAUUAGCAAAGAUGGAGAAAGCUGGAAGGGUCCGGUUGCAUACGGCAUGUGGCCGGACUCGAACAGACAGCGCAUGGCCGCGAUUGAGCCAGUCUAUGGGCGAUACGUCAGGCUGGUCGCCAACGCUCAAGCAGCCGAGCCCUCCUCGGUUGGAAUCUCUGAACUCAAUAUCUAUGCUACCCUGUACACCAUUCCUCAGGAUCCCAAACGUGGCAUAUGGGGCCCAACUGUCAACUUUCCCGUUGUCCCAGUUUCCGGUGCCCAGGAGGCAUCUGGCAACAUUGUUCUGUGGUCAUCGUGGGCAUCCGAUCACUUUCACUCUACGCCAGGGGGCAAGACCGUUAUGAGUCGAUGGAAUCCACUCAACAAUACUGUGUCUAAGCGUAUUGUGACCAACACCCAGCAUGAUAUGUUUUGCCCUGGUAUCUCGAUCGACGGUACUGGUCUAAUGGUUGUCACGGGUGGCAAUGAUGCAUCGGAGACGAGUUUGUACAAUUCGACAGCUGACAUGUGGGUUAAAGGGCCCCCAAUGAGACUCCGACGCGGAUAUCAGGCAUCGGCCACAAUGUCCGACGGCCGUGUGUUUGUGAUUGGGGGUUCCUGGGCGGGAGGCUCAAAUGUCGAUAAAGACGGCGAAAUCUGGGAUCCGUACACUCAGACCUGGACUUUGCUUACAGGAGCUAGUGUUAAACCUAUGUUAACCAACGACAUGGAAGGUCCCUGGAGAGCAGAUAACCACGCAUGGCUCUUUGGCUGGAAGAAAAACACAAUUUUCCAGGCCGGUCCUAGUAGAGCUAUGAACUGGUACUAUACCGAAGGAAAAGGCAACUUUAAGCCCGCCGGUGACCGCCGAGAUGACGAUGAUGCCAUGUCUGGCAAUGCCGUUAUGUUUGAUGCUAUCAAUGGAAAGAUUUUGACCUUUGGAGGUUCCCCAGAUUAUGACAAAUCUUGGGCCACAAGCAACGCCCAUAUUAUCACCAUCGGUGAGCCUGGUGAAAAGCCGACCGUCCGGCCAGCUGGUCAAAAUGGUGUGAUGCAUUACGAGCGCGUCUUCCACACUUCGGUGGUCCUCCCAGACGGCAAAGUGUUUAUUGCUGGAGGCCAGACAUUCGGUGUCGCGUUCAAUGAAGAGAAUGUGCAGUUCGUGCCCGAAAUUUAUGAUCCUGAAACCGAUACGUUCAUCCAGCUCCAGGAGAACAACUUUGUCAGGGUUUAUCAUACUAUAUCUAUCCUGCUUCCCGAUGGCCGGGUGUUGAAUGGUGGUGGUGGUCUUUGUGGUAACUGCUCUGCCAACCACUACGAUGCCCAGAUAUUCACGCCACCGUAUCUUCUCACCGAGACUGGAGAGCUUCGUACCCGACCAGAGAUUUUGUCUGGUGUACCCGAAAUUGCGAAAGUUGGCGGGAUAUUUGCUUUCCAGGCCAAUGGUCUACUCGUGAAUGCUUCUCUGGUUCGUCUAUGCACUACGACACACACAGUUAAUACCGACCAAAGACGGAUUCCUCUUCGACUUAUCCCUCUUCCUCGCAGAAAAUCCUCUUAUGGUAUUAGACUUCCAGAUGAACCCGGAAUUCUCAUCCCUGGUUACUGGAUGCUAUUUGUUAUAGACCAAGAUGGUGUGCCCAGCAUUGCCAAGACCAUCAUGAUCACCGUGAACAACAAGAAUACUCUGGACACGCCGCAAGAAUUACUUGAUGAGUUCCAUGAGGCCGAGAACAGCAAUUGCGAGGGAGGACGAAAAUCUUACUGGCCAUUUUGGAAGCCAACACUGAUUAUGCAGAUCUUGCGUCGGGGCUGA